AUGUCUACGCUCACUAAGGUCGACUCUGCCGUCGCCGGUCUCCCUUCACCAGCCGAGAGCAAAAAAACAGCGAAGAAAGAGUCGAUAAAGAAAGACUCGAAGAAGAGUACAAACUCAGAUGUUAUGAACAUCAAAGACCUAGAAGAGAAAGGGAUCGAGCUCGAAAUAGCCAUAGAAACACAGAAACUCAACUGGAAGCUCAACACGUCACCUGCGUCCCUAGAUGACAAGGACGCCCUCAAGAAGUUCCUCACCACACCACCCGUCAAGAAGAUUGACCUACACUUCCCACUUGGCCUUGAGGUCACUGCCCGAAAUCUCAAGGGCGUAACGAUCAAGGAUGCCCUCGAUGCUAUCUACAAACAAUUUAAAAAGAAGGCCGAUGAUGAGCUAGAUAACCCCAUCCUCGCUGGAUUCGAGUGGGACAAGGAGGAGUCGUGGACAAGACUCAUUGUACAUCAGAAGAAGGAAGCCUCCGCACCGCCCAAGAAGAGCAAAAAGAAGGGUGCCGCUGCUGAGUAG